AUGGCGUUGGCUGCAGCUGGGGAGUGGUGGGAGGCAGCGAAGGCGACCAUCGCGGCGUACACAGGACUGCCGCCGGAGGCGUUCACCGCGGUUGUUGCGGUGAUCGCCGUGCUUUACGUCUCCGGCUUAUUCACGCGGCCAGCGCCGUCGCCGCCGAUAAGGAGGGAGGCGGAGGACGAGAGGACGCUCGAGCCGCUGCCGCCACCGGUGCAGCUUGGUGAGGUGACGGAGAAGGAGCUGGGGAUUUAUGAUGGGUCCGACCCCAAGAAGCCGCUCCUCAUGGCCAUCAAGGGGCAAAUUUAUGAUGUCACGCAGAGCAGGAUGUUCUAUGGACCUGGUGGCCCAUAUGCAUUGUUUGCGGGAAGAGAUGCGAGUAGGGCAUUGGCAAAGAUGUCAUUUGAGCUGAGUGAUUUAACCAGUGACGUUUCAGGCUUAGGCCCUUUGGAGGUGGAAGCCUUGCAAGAAUGGGAGCAGAAAUUCAUGGGCAAGUAUGUGAAGGUUGGAACAAUAAAGAAGACCAUUCUGGUCUCUGAGGAAGAUGGUAGAGCGCAUGCCGACAUAUCUGAAAGAGGCUUUGACUCAAAUGUGAUACAGAGAAAUCAUGAGUUGGUACCAGAAGAAAAUAGAGCUGAAACUACAACUACAGGUCAUGUAAGUGCAAUGGAGCAGCCAAUGAAAAUAUACCAUGUGGGUCACAGCAAAAGCGUCCAUGAAGAUGAAGUGGAGACGCCAGAGGAAACGCCUGGUGCAGAUUUAAGGAACACAAGCAGCACUGGUUAUGGAGGAGAGCCUGAAGAUGCCGGGGAGAAGGCGAAAGAGGCACCGGAUGUAGAUGUGAACGGUAGCAGAAACCGUGAAAGUGUAGGAGGAUCAAGGGAAGCGCCAAGUGUUGGUUAG